AUGAUGUGGGGGGCAUGCAGAAACUCUCUUCCCACAAAGCUCAAUUUGACUCGAAAAACUAUCAUAGAUAACUCAACAUGUGACCGUUGUUGUUCACACAUUGAGGACGCGUUGCAUGCUCUUUGGGGUUGUUCGGGUUUGGAUGAUGUUUGGGAUGGAGAAAGAUGGUGCUUUCGGACAAGGGAGUGGUUUGCUGACUUCAAGGAAUUAUGCAGAUGGAUAAUGGAACAUGGGAACUCACCUGAACUCUUUGCUGUACAAGUAUGGCAUAUAUGGCACCAGAGAAACCAAUUACGUUUACAGCAACCUUGCUGCCUCACAAAGGACUUGAAACAUGAUGCUCAAGCACGCUGGGAUGAGAUUAGAGCUAUCAAUCCACUGCCAAACCAGGUCAGACCUGGACCAAAGCCAAAAUGGAUAGCACCACCACCGAAUACAUACAAGAUAAAUUAUGAUGGAGCGGUUUUAGAUGAGGAGAAUAAAGCAGGGGUUGGAGUGGUAAUUAGGGACUGUAAUGGAGAGGUAAUUGCUUCCUUAAUUCAGCAAUUGGAUCAAGCUUUUCAACUCGUGAAAGUGGAGGCAAUUGCUGCGUGCAGAGCAGUGGAGUUUGGCAACGAAUUGGGUGUGGGCUGUGCUAUUGUGGAGGGUGAUUCAGUGGUGAUUGUUAAGGCUUUGAGGAACAAGGAUAAUGGUUUAACUUCUUUUGCACAUUUGAUAAAUGAUGUCUCUUUAUUUUCAAGUUUGUUUUCAGAAUUGUCGUACUCUCACAUUAGGAGAAAUGGCAACAAAGUUGCUCAUAGUUUAGCUAGGCUAGCUUUGAUCACACCAGAUUGUACCGUGUGGAUGAAGGAUGUUCCGUUUCGCACCUUACAUUUUGUUCAGGCUGAUUUGGUCACGCUUUAA